UCUUACUUCUUUAAAUAGGAGUUCCAAUUACCUCUAUCACCUCAUUAAGUAUAUACGCUUUUGCAUCUUCUAACUACUGUGGUCAGUGGUUCAGUUUUUCCUCAUGUCGCGCUCACUUGAGGUGCCCGAGGCGUGGUGCUUGGGUGUUCUCAUCCUCGUAGAAGGUUUUUCCGCACUUCUGGGGCUUAUUGCAGGAUAUGUUAAAUUCAAAAAGGUGAACGGAUAUGUGAUGCCUGAUUGUAUUAUCCCCGGCAAUUUUGGUGGCGGUGGUGAAAAAUAUGAUUGUGAUGCGGGCCUGGCGGUGGUCGUUGCUCUCUCGAUAGCCAUAAUUUCCAUUGUGAUUUGUCAAGUCAUCUUUUUUUUAAUUGGAGGUUGUCACUUCAAAUGUCCUACAUCGGAUGAUCCUGAGACUCCUGAGAGUACCAAGAAAAUGAAGGUUGUUGGGUUUUUCCAUUUAAUGAUUUUCCUUUGUGUUGUAGGAUGUGUUCUUCUAGGGUUGGGAAUACCAAGAAAGGGGAAAUCUACACCUAAGAUGUGCCCCUCUAUACCUAAUAGUGACCCCACAACGGCUUACCCUCCAAGUUUUCAGGAACCGCAUAGUAAAAAGGUAUGCCCUACAGCUGCUGCUCCUGCCAUUGGAGGUCUUGUGGUGUUCUUGCACAUCAUCAUCAGCACGCUUUACUAUGGGUAUGCAGACAAGAACAAUCCUAGUCCCCCAAGAUAAGCGACCCCUACCCCACCUGCACUUGAUUAUACUCCCUCCGUUCCAGGGAGAAGUUCUCGGGUUGACUUUCACACAUAUUAAGGAAAUAAAGUUACUGGGGGGUAAAUUUUACUGUUUGGCACUGUUUUGACACUGUUUUGCACUGUUUUGCACUGUUUGACAUUGUUUUGAUGUAGAAUAACUUUCCAUUUAGGGAAAUGAGAACUUCUUGUUGGGACUGCCAAAAAAGGAAAUUGGGAACUUGUCCCUGGGAAGGUAGUAUAUGGUUCCAGGCCAUGUACUCCAAUUAGUUAGGCAAUUACUAAUUCAAAAAUUC